AACGGGAAGCACGCCUCAGUGGAGGAGCGUGGGGGAGAGCCGCACCUCCUUGGACCUCAGGAACGAGUCAUCUGGAGCCGUGUGGGACCCAUGGGCUGAGUGACACCUGUCUCCUCUGAGACUUGCAACAGGAUGCCCACGGUGCCCGAGAGGGCAACACCUCACCAUGCCGUGUUCACCCCUUCUGCGCUCACCUGCUCAUGGUUUGCCCUUAUCGCUCACGUCGCCUUCAGCCAGAAGCCUGCCAAGUUGCCCCUGAUUGACCGCAAGCCUUUCAUUGCUGCCUGGAAUGCGCCGCUUGACUUGUGCAUCAGCAAGUACAACGUGAGCGCUAAUCUCAACCUCUUCCACAUCCAGGGCAGCCCUCGAGCAAUCAGGACUGGCCAGGAUGUCACCAUCUUCUAUGCCAACCGCCUGGGCCAUUAUCCCUUUUACACGGAGCAUGGGAUGCCCGUCAACGGUGGCGUGCCGCAGAACUGCAGCCUGGAGUCCCACCUGCGCAAGGCCAACCGGGACAUCAACCACUACAUCCCCGCGGAGGACUUUCAUGGCCUGGCCGUCAUCGACUGGGAGUACUGGCGCCCACAGUGGAGCCGCAACUGGCAUAAGAAGGACAUCUACCGUAGGAAGUCCCGGGAGCUUGUCCGCAACGGCUACAUCAACGUGACAGAGGAACAGGUGGAAGAGCUGGCACACCGCAGAUUCGAAAAAAGCGCCAUGGCCUUUAUGAGGGAGACGCUGGAGCUGGGCACCCGCACUCGGCCCCAGGGCCUCUGGGGCUUCUACCUCUACCCCGACUGCCACAACUACAACCUGCAUGAGCACAACUACACAGGCUCCUGUCCACUGACGGAGCAGGUCCGCAAUAAUGAACUCCAGUGGAUGUGGAAUAGCAGCACGGCACUCUUCCCCUCGGUGGCUAUCAGGAGGCGCCACGCAGACAGCGUCAGUAACCUGCACUUCUCCCGCUGCCGGGUUCUGGAGUCCCUGCGCAUUGCGACCCUCCCCUCCCUGGAGUAUGAGCUGCCCACCUUUGUGUACAUGCGCCUGGGCUACAGAGACGAGGCCUUGGCCUUCCUCACCACAAAGGACCUGAUCCACACUAUUGGAGAGAGCGCUGCCCUGGGGGCAGCAGGCUUUGUGAUCUGGGGUGACCUCAACCUAACCUCCUCCAGGCACAACUGCUCCAAAGUGAAGGCCUUCCUGAGCCACCGACUGGGCCGCUACAUUACGAACGUCACGCGCGCGGCGGAAGCAUGCAGCGACUUCCUGUGCCACGGCGGCGGCCGCUGCGUGCGGAAGGAUCCGCACGCCCCUCACUACCUGCACCUGUCCAGCGCGAGCCACCGCAUCUCGUCCGUCGGGGGCGGGGACUUCGUGGUCACGGGGCGCCACUCAGAGCGCGAGCUGCGCCUUCUGGACGAACGGUUCCGCUGUCAUUGUUACCAGGGCUACGACGGAGAUCGGUGCUCGAGUCUCGCGACGGCGCACGAGAGCUCGGCUGUAGGGCGCGAGCGUUCGGCGCCGUUUCUGCCGCUGCUUCUGUCCCUCUUCUUUCUGUGGGCGGGAUGAGGCGGCGCGCGGCGAUGACAGUUCAAUAAGUUUCGAUGGUUCUGUGUUUUCGUGCUUCAGAGUUUAUUUUUGUAUCGUUUUAUACGUCUGCUACUGCAGAAUGGAUAAUGGAUAUCCAGGUGAAACAACAAAUAGCCGCUUGAAAGUUACUUUUCAUACUAGUUUGGUGGUGUUCAGGCCAGGGUAAGUUUCAAGUUUCAAGCAAUAAUAUAAAAUAUAACGGUAACAAUGAAUGAUAACACCCGUGCAGCCAGAGAACUCAGAACGUGGGAAUGAAAUGGGAAUGCUUAGUUAAAGUGACAGUGUAAUUUACCAAUCAUUGUGCUUGGAAGGAGCAGUCCAACUCUAACUAAAGCCUAGCACAUGAUUUGGUGAGUGUUCGUGUUGUAUACUCUUACAGCAGUGGGGUAAAAGCU